AUGUCCAAGACAAGAACAGUUAAAUGUGGAAUACCCCAAGGUCCUAAUCUUGGGCCACUUCUUUUCUUAUUAUAUAUAAACGACCUGCCAAACUGCCUGACCUCAUCUUCAGCAAGCAUGUUUGCCGAUGACACAAAUGUUUCAACCAAUGGCAAAACAAAUGACGAACUACAAGAACGCAUUGACGUGGACUUAGAAAAUAUACACCAAUGGUUACUUGCAAACAAACUUACACUUAACAAAGAUAAAACUGAAUACAUGAUUAUUGGUUCAAGACAACGAAUUUCAAACUUA